AUGUCGGACCUGAAGGGAUCCAAAAUGAAGGGGCCAAAACAAUUGACGAUCGUGAUCAAGCUCGGCACGAGUUCGAUUGUGGAUGAGAUAACCCAUCAGCCAAUUCUCUCGGUCUUGUCGUUGAUAGCGGAGACUGCCAUCAAAUUGAUCAAGGAUGGCCAUAAGGUCAUCAUUGUCUCGUCUGGUGCCAUUGGCAUGGGUCUGCGCAGAAUGGACAUUGAAAAGAAGCCCCAGUACCUUCCCAGACUUCAGGACCCAAUACGUGAACGCAAAGAACACGCUGUUGGAACUCCUCAAAAUGGGGGUGAUCCCCAUCGUCAACGAAAACGACACCCUCGCGGUGGCCGAGAUCAAAUUCGGCGACAACGACACCCUAUCCGCCAUCACGGCCGCCAUGGUCAAUGCCGACUACCUCUUCCUGAUGACGGACGUCGACUGCCUAUAUGA